CCAACCAUAUUCUUGUUGGUGCACUGCAAUGGCCAGGAACAGUAGUGCCGCCCAUGCCGUCGCUGCUGCCAUCUUCGGUCUCCUGGCACUGGCGUCAAUGGCGAAGCUUGCUUCUGGACAUGACUAUGCCAUGGCGUUGAAGAAGAGCCUCCUCUACUUCGAGGCUCAGAGAUCCGGGGCGCUCCCUCCUGACCAGAGGGUCACCUGGAGAGCCAGCUCCGGCCUCUUUGAUGGCAAGGCCAACGGAGUCGAUCUUGUGGGAGGGUAUUACGACGCAGGGGACAACGUCAAGUUCGGGUUGCCCAUGGCGUUCACGGUGACCAUGAUGUCCUGGAGCAUCCUCGAGUACGGCAAGCAGAUGGCCGCCUCCGGCGAGCUCAAGAACGCCAUGGACGCCGUCAAGUGGGGCACGGACUACUUCAUCAAGGCGCACCCCGAGCCCAACGUGCUGUACGGUGAGGUCGGCGACGGCGACACGGAUCACACCUGCUGGCAGCGGCCCGAGGACAUGACGACGAGCCGCCAGGCGUUCCGCGUUGAUCCCCAGAAUCCCGGGUCCGACCUGGCCGGAGAGACGGCAGCGGCAAUGGCAGCCGCGUCGAUGGUCUUCCGCACCACUUAUCCGGGUUACGCCAACCUGCUCCUUGAACAUUCUAAGCAGCUGUUCGAAUUCGCCGACAAGUACCGGGGGAAGUACGAUACCAGCAUCACUGUGGCGCGGAAUUACUACGGGUCGUUCAGCGGAUACGGUGAUGAGCUGCUGUGGGCGGCGGCGUGGCUGUUCGAGGCGACGGAGGAGCGGUUCUACCUCGAGUACCUCGCGCGCAACGGCGACGCUCUGGGCGGCACGGGCUGGUCCAUCAACCAGUUCGGCUGGGACGUCAAAUACCCCGGCGUGCAAGUACUGGCAGCCAAGUUCCUGCUUCAGGGCAGAGCCGGCGAGCACGCGAAGGCGCUGCAAAGGUACCGGCAGAACGCCGAGUUCUUCGUGUGCUCGUGCGUCGGCAAGGGUGCCGUCAACGUCCCGAGGACCCCCGGCGGCGUCAUGUACCACCAGAGGUGGAACAACCUCCAGUUCGUCACCAGCGCGUCCUUCUUGCUGACGGUGUACGCCGACUACGCCACGGUGGCCGGCAGGGGCGCCGUGCGCUGCCCUGGCGGCGCCGCGCAGCCCUUCGAGAUCCUCGCGUUUGUAAAGUCCCAGGUGAACUACAUCCUGGGCGACAACCCGAGGGCGACGAGCUACAUGGUGGGGUACGGGCUGAACUACCCGCGGCAGGUGCACCACCGGGGCGCCUCCAUCGUGUCGGUGAGGACCGACCCGUCGUUCGUGAGCUGCCAGGAGGGCUACUCCAGCUGGUACAACAAGCAGGCCGUCAACCCCAACAUUCUCGACGGCGCCAUCGUCGGGGGCCCCGACGAGUACGACGACUUCGCCGACGAGCGGAACAACUACGAGCAGACCGAGGCGGCCACCUACAACAGCGCGCCGCUGCUCGGCGUCCUCGCCCGCCUCGCCGGCGCCUGCGGCGGGCUGGACGAGUACCAGUCGCUCCCGCAGGUGGCUGCAAACCGCACGUCACGGCCGGCUCAUCGUCGGCAUCCUCACCUUGAAGUCGAGCAGAACGUGACGAGGACAUGGGCGAUCAGGCGCAGGACCUACCAUAGGUACUCGGUCACGGUGACCAACAGGUCCCGGAAGACGGUGCGGGGGCUCCACCUCGGCGUCUCGGAGCUCGACGGCCGGCUCUGGGGCCUCGACAAGGCGCGGUACGGGUACGUUCCACGGAGGUGGCUGCGGGCGCUGCGCCCCGGGAGGAGCGUCAGGUUUGGGUACGUGCAGCCCGGCCCUCCGGCCAAUGUGUGGGUCACCGGAUACAAGCUGGUGUGAGUGAACUCUUGUUUCCAUGUUUGAGGUCCUAGGGUAAUCCAGAGUUUUUGGUGCGUGUGCGCGUGCGUGUGUGCGCGCGCGCGUGUGUCUGUGUGUGUUAGGCACGAGUUAGUGAUGGGUCACUGGGAUGGGAGGAAGGAGUGAAGAGAUAAAAAAUGCCAUGGUGCUCAUCCUCUUCCUCCCGAGAGGGUUUGGUUAGGCCAGAGAGGAAUUUGAAUUUUAGAGAGAUGAGAUGUAAUGUUCAUCCUUCUUACUCCCUCCAUUCUGAAUUACUUGUCGCAUGAAUGGAUGUAUCUAGAUGUAUUUUAGUUUAGAUACAUCCAUUUCAGCAACGAGUAAUUUGAAACAGAGGAAGUACAUUUCAAGGGUUUUUAAAAAAGGAUGCAAGGCAUUACCCCAGCUUUAAGUUAAU